CUACCAGCACUCACUACCAUCGCCUCCUUUCCUUCCUUCAACCACCACCACCGCCGCCGCCGCCGCCGUCCUCCUCAGCCCAUCAACACCGUCGUAUACCCGACUCCCAAUUGCAGCACUCAUCCUUUCAUGGCUGAACCAACAGAAGAACUCAGACCCAAACCUCCCUCAUUCCGAUCACCCCCUCUUUCUCAACCAUCACCAUCGCCACCGCCGCCGUCGCCGUCUCCACUGCCAUCGACCGACGACCCAUCUUCUAAUUCCGAUCGCUCCCGAAUUCCCCAAACAAACCCUUCCAAAAUCCCUAUUCGUCCUCAGAAAAUCCGAAAACUUUCCUCAUUCGCAUCUGUUGAUUCUGCAACAACCCUCCCAGAAGAAAUUAAACSUCAAUCAACAAUCGCUGAAGCCGACGCAUCCAAAGCCAUCAUCCUUUCAACCACCACAACCACCGUCGUAACAAAAAACCGUCGUCGAAACCCUUCACAAUCCGCCAAAGAUUUGCCCAAAGUAAUAAAACCCUUAUCCGCCCCCGGCGAGAUCGCCGUCGCUCUCCAACACCUCCGAUCCCAUGACCCACUCAUCGCCAACUUAAUCGAUAACCAUCCACCACCGACAUUCGACACACACCAAUCCCCCUUUUUAGCCCUAUCUAAAAGCAUUCUCUAUCAACAACUCGCGUACAAAGCCGGCACAUCGAUCUACACCCGUUUCGUCGCCCUAUGCGGCGGCGAAGAUGCCGUCGUCCCUGAAACCGUCCUCUCUCUCACAUCCCAACAGCUUAAACAAAUCGGAGUUUCUGGGCGUAAGGCAAGUUACCUCUAUGACCUAGCUAACAAGUAUAAAAAUGGCAUCCUUUCAGAUGAAUCAAUCGUUAAAAUGGAUGAUAGAUCUCUUUUCACUAUGCUUUCAAUGGUGAAAGGGAUUGGAUCAUGGUCUGUUCAUAUGUUUAUGAUCUUUUCACUUCAUAGACCAGAUGUUUUACCCGUUAGUGAUUUGGGGGUUAGAAAAGGAGUCCAGCUUCUGUAUUCAUUAGAUGAAUUGCCUAGACCUUCACACAUGGAACAGUUGUGUGUGAAAUGGAGGCCGUUUAGGUCGGUGGGGGCGUGGUAUAUGUGGCGGUUUGUGGAAGGGAAGGGUGCUCAGGCGGCCGGAGCCUCUGCGGUUGCUUUAGAGAGCAAUAGUUUUCCGGGUCAGCAGCAAAUGGGGCAGUCUGAACAGGCACAGCAGCAACAUCAAUUGCAGCUUCUUGAACCGAUUACUAACAUCGGGAAUCUCGGGGCGUGCAUUUGGGGGCAAUGACACGAAGAUCGAAGAGAACGGAUUUCGGAUUUGGUAUUGUAAAUUGAAUGAUUACAUACGAUAAUAAUUAACGAGAUUGAGGGUUCUGAAGUGAAGUAGAUAAACCCCAUUUCUCUAACGUUUUAAUUUGUUAGUUUUUAGUGUUUGUUUUUUGCUUUUGUUCUUGGGAGUGUACAAGAUUUAUAUUAUAGCAUGAGUUGUUGAUAUGUGGUGA